GCCCCGCCAUAACACCAGCGCCCCGACCCCAACCAUCGCAACCCACACGAACCACGCCCGCGAGGAAGGGGGAAAAAAAGGAAGAGAGAGAGAGGGAGAACGGAAAAGUUAGGGGAGACUCUGCGCGGCGGCCGGGACGUCAAACUCAAAAGCACGUCUCGGGAGGUGGGGAAGUAAUGUACCAGGCGAUCCCCUACAGCAGCGCCCGGCCGUGGCUCGUGCCGGCGGCUGAGGCGGCGGGCGUCGUCGCCGUGAAGCCGGAGCCUGCGGCGGAGGAGCCCGCCGCUCGGACCGACGCCGCGGGGGACGACGGCGGCGGCAGGGCGGAGGUCGAGAGGGCCGUGGCGGAGAGCCCGGUGCUGGUGGUGGGGCGGCGCGGGUGCUGCCUGAGCCACGUCGUGAAGCGGCUGCUGCAGGGGCUCGGCGUCAACCCGGCGGUGCACGAGGUCGCCGACGAGGCCGCGCUCGCCGGGGUCGUCCCGGCCGGCGCCGGCGCCGAGGCCGCCGCGCUGCCGGCGGUGUUCGUCGGCGGGAAGCUGCUGGGCGGGCUGGACCGGCUUAUGGCCGUCCACAUCUCCGGCGAGCUCGUGCCCAUCCUCAAGAAGGCCGGUGCCCUCUGGCUCUAAUUCAAUCACCGUAUUUCUUCUUUUUUUUUCCCCUUUCAGUUUCAGAAAUGAUGGCGUCGUGAAUUUUAGUCCUGGCCGUUGGAUCGAGUAUUACAUCACAUCGCGGCGGACGUGUUGCAGUAGGACUUCGAUUUUCUUUUAUUUAGGGGAAGCGAGAAAAAAUAUGAUAAUUCUAAUUUUACAUAAUUUUAUCCAGCAAUAGCAUGUUUGGUAGCGUGUGUGAUGAGCGCUCGCCUCUUCUUCCAUCAUGUGAAUACGGAAGACGAGCGAGGAGAGGAGAGAGACAGGGGGACGUCGUCUGCGCCGCAUCUGUACAGUCGUUUCCGUUUCAGAUUUUAAUGAGGAUGAGCUGUCCAGUUUCCCAUUUUCAUGUGGUUUGGACCAUUUUGUGUA